GCACUACUUUGUGGGCAGCUGAGCGAUUCUGUCAUUGAAAAAAUAACCACUUUCACUUUACGGCGCUCAUUGUCGCUCUAAGUCGCUCUCUGAUGGCGUUUCAAGCAGCGACCGUGGACGCUGAAAAAACCGGAAGCGACUGUUCAUAGUCGAUUGCUGAUGACGUAUGCGGAAGUUGCGUGGUCGCACGUCAGCGCUUCAGCUGAAAGCGGCGCUGAAAACCUCUCGCACGAAGAUUCAUCCUUUCUCGCCUUGGGGCGGCUGAAGGAGCGAAGGGAGGCUGUAUUAUUCACGCUUCAUUGAAUCAUUUGGGAGAGUCUUUCGGUCACAUAUCGGUUAACGUUCUGCCGCCGUGACGACGAGGAAUUGUGUUGAAACUCAUACAUUCGCAGAGCUUGGAGUCGUUUCAGCAGUAAGUGAUGCACGGCCGAGUGAAGCUGAAGUCAACAGCCCAGCAGGAGGAGGAGAAGAGGAAAGAGCGAGAGAAGAAACUGAAAAUCUACCUGACUUCCAGGGAUGCCUGCUUCACCAAGAGGAAGGAAGGCGUGCUGGACGAAGAGGUUCUGCUGCUGACCCAGCAGCUGCUGUCCUCAAACCCGGACUUUGCCACGCUGUGGAACUACAGGAGGGAGAUCUUGCUGCAUCUGGAGACCGUGCGGUCAGAGGACGAGAUCCAACGUCUGUACGAGGAGGAGCUCUCCUUCUUGGAGGCAUGCCUGAAGGUCAACCCCAAGUCGUACGGCAGCUGGCACCAUCGCGGAUGGGUUUCCACGCGGCUCCCGCGACCCGACUGGGCCAGGGAGCUUAGCCUGUGCGAGCGCUGUCUGAGCCUGGAUGACCGAAACUUCCACUGCUGGGACUACCGGCGCAUGGUGGUCAGGGUGUCUGGCGUGCCGGUUGACCAGGAGCUGCAGUUCACUGACCGCCUCAUCGGCUCCAACUUCUCCAACUACUCCAGCUGGCACUACCGCAGCACGCUGCUGCCACUCCUCCACCCAGGCUCCCCUGAGGCAGCAUCCCCACAGAGGGAACCUCCAACCUCCUCUGCAUGUUCCUCUCCAAGCACUUCCCCCCAGACCCACUCCCACCGUGUGUGCGAGGAGCAGCUGUUGAAAGAGUAUGAGCUGGUGCAGAACGCCUUCUUCACCGACCCCAACGACCAGAGCGCCUGGUUCUACUACCGCUGGCUUCUUGGUAGAGCGGAGCGGGAGGAGAUGAUCAGCUGUGUGUACGUGAGCCGCGAGGGAGAGAGGGUUGUGGUCGCCUUCUCCCGGCCUGUCAACGCCUUGAGUGUUGGACUCCUGUUGGUGGUGGAUGGACAGCCCCAGCAGGUAAACUGGAGGAGCGCCCACCCUCGACUCCGACACAGCCCCAUGUGGAUCUGUGACCUGCCUCCUGGUACCAUCAGCGACACCAGCAACGAGCACAACCUAACUGUUCACUGGACCGAGAGGCACACACACCGGGACUGUGCGCUCUACACAGGUCGCUCGGAAAGCUGGUGUAGGGACUCUGCCACGGACCUGGAGCUGUUCAGGAGUGAGCUCUCUGUGGAGAAGUCAUCAGUUUUACAAUCAGAGCUACAGUCCUGCACUCAGCUGCUGGAGCUGGAGCCCCAAAACAAGUGGUGUUUGCUGACCAUCAUCCUGCUGAUGAGAGCUCUGGACCCAUUGGGCUAUGAGAAGGAGACCCUCGCUUAUUUCCAGACCCUUAAGGAGGUCGACUCGAUGCGCACCUCGUAUUACAGCGACCUGUGCAGCAAGUUCAUGAUCGAGAACACCAUUCUGAAGAUGGAGUACGCCGAGGUCAGGGUCUUCAGCCUCUGUGAAAAGAACCUGUCCACCCUGUGCCACCUGGACCAGCUGUUGCUGGUGACACACAUCAACCUCUCGUCCAAUCAGCUGCUGGGCCUGCCUCCUCAGUUUGCCAUGCUUCAGUGCCUCGAGGUGCUGCAGGCUGACGACAAUGCCAUCGAGAAUCUGGAAGGAGUGUAUCACCUGUCCAAAUUGGAAGAGGUGUCGCUUCGGAACAACAACAUCACUCAACUCUCUGAUCUUAAAAUUCUCACCACAUGCCCCAGGUUGGCCCGACUCGAUCUUCGUGGCAACCCCAUCACCCAAAUUGCCAACAUUCAAUCACAGCUGGCUGAGCUGUUGCCAUCGAUCACAGAACUUCUGCUCUGAAAGGACCAGCGAGACUGCCCUUCACAAAUGUCAAGAACACGUUUCGGGGUGUUUUUAAAUGUAUGCAUGCGUUUCGUUUCCUUGUCUCCCGCUUGUCUCUGUGUUUGUACAGAACCACAAUCCAAACCCCAGGAAAUGUGUAAUGUUGUGUGUGCAGAAAUUGUGACUGACCAAGGUGGCCACACCUGUAUCUGCUCUGAGCACCACGCCUGUUUGUCGGUAUUGUGUGUGUGUGUGUGUGUGUGUGUGUGUGUGUGUGUGUGUGUAUAUACACACAUUUAUGGCCAGCUGAUCCCGCCACUGGAUUGCAUGCUUUCCCUACACUCAGUCCCCCAGGGACAGGAAUGGGUCCAUGCGUCCUCUGUUUCACUACCCUUGGUUUUCUCUGUCAGGCACAAAUCACCUUUGCACCUGGCCUCCACUGGCCCAACAUGAAGAAAGCUGAGUGUGAUAUAAAGAGCCACUGGUCGAGUCGUGGAGUGCGAUGCGCAAAGCAUCCGUAUGGUUGUGGAGUAUGGAGGAUUCGGACUGUACAUCUACAAACGGUUGUAGCACAACAUCUUGCGAAUGAGACUGAACAUGCAUCACAGGCUACCUGUGUAGAUAAAAUAAUCAAAUAAAAUCUGCUUUAAAUUAUUAA